AUGGCUGGCCGUUUUGUAAGGUCUUCGAAGUUCCGACACGUCUACGGAAAACCAACUCGAAAGGAACAAUGCUACGAUAACCUCCACAUAUCAAAGAAUGCUUGGGACUCCAACAUAAUCAAAGCAAAUCCACAGUAUCUUUCCGUCAACUGGGAAUCCGGUGGUGGUGGGGCCUUCGCAGUCAUCCCGCUUUCCCACCGCGGACGACUUCCGGAACAAAUCCCUCUCUUCCGUGGCCACACUGCCCCUGUGCUCGACACGGAUUGGUCCCCAUUUAACGACUCGUUGAUCGCCUCUGGUUCCGAUGAUGGCAAAGUGUUCAUAUGGGCUGUCCCGGAGAAUUUCUCUCUUCUCACGGAUGACGAGGAUGGUCCGAAGGACGUAGAGCCUAUUUCCAAGCUUUCCGGUCAUCAAAGGAAGGUUGGGCAUGUCCUCUUUCACCCCACUGCUGAGAACGUGCUAGCAACCUCCUCGGGUGAUUACACCGUGAAGUUAUGGGAUAUCUCCACAGGAACCCCUCAUUACACCCUAAAGCACAGCGAAGUCGUUCAAUCUAUGUCCUGGUCUACUAAUGGCUCUAUGCUUGUCACCACGUGCCGUGACAAGAAGCUUCGUAUCUGGGAUCCACGACAGGAAACUGCCGUCCACGAGGUUACUGGUCAUACGGGCGCAAAGAACAGUCGUGCUGUAUGGAUGACAGGUAUUGGGGAAGACAAGAUCGCCACCACUGGUUUCAGUAAAAUGAGUGAUCGCCAGCUAGGACUGUGGGAUUUGAGAUCCCUUUCGGAUGGCCCCUUGAAUGGGUUUGAGAUGCUGGAUACCAUUUCGGGGGUGUGCAUGCCAUUCUGGGAUGAGGGUACCAAGUGUAUCUACUUAGCCGGGAAAGGCGACGGAAAUAUUCGCUACUUCGAGUACUCGAACGACGAGUUCAUUUUCUUGUCAGAAUACAAGAGUGGAGACCCUCAGCGUGGUGUUGCCUUUCUGCCUAAGCGUGGUGUUGCUGUCCACGAGAACGAGGUUAUGCGAGCAUUCAAGACCGUCAACGAUAGUUACAUUGAACCAAUUUCUUUUGUUGUUCCUCGUAGAGCCGAGACAUUCCAAAGCGAUAUCUAUCCUGAAACAUAUAGUGGGGAAUCGGCUCUUACGGCCGAGGCAUGGUAUGGAGGAGCCGAUGCCGAGCCCAAGAUGUUUGACAUGGAGACGCUUUACACACCUGAAAGUCUUCCCUCCUCGGCUCCUAAAACACCUAUCUCCGUUGUUGCAACAACCCCGGCACCGGCCAAAACAGCUGUGGCACCCCCGAAGCCCACUGUUGUCGAAUCGGCAAACCCUAAACCUGCGUCGCCUAAGGAAACACCUACUCCUACAGAGAAGCGCGUCCCUAGCCCAAUUCUCGUUGAGACCACGGCCAAGGUAGCCGAUAAGAACCCUGAGAUACCCAAUCCGGGUAUCUCGCCUACAAAGCCCAGCAUUACCCCUGCCCCGGCUCGACAGCAGAUUCAGAGCCCUGUGAGUGUGCCCCAAUCAGCAACGCUUCAGGCGCCUCCUCCGACGCCUAUGGAUACAAACAUCGUAGAGCAACUUGCACGUAUCACAGCAUUGUUGGAAACCCAAAAUAAGACGCUCGCCAGCCAAGACAGGCACAUUUCUGACCUAACCAAAGAACUGGAUGCACUGAAGAACAAAGUCGACGCCAGAGGUAGCGAAGAAAGUAGCAGAAAGGACGAAAUCAUCAGAAAGCUUGAAUUGGAACUAGAAGAGGCUAGAUCCUAG